AGAGAAGGGGGAGGACGAAAGAAAGCGCUCACAAAGAGUUCACUGUUUCAAUACAGUGGAGCGCACCAGCGUAGGUAGAGCAUUUUAAACUAAGUCAAAAUAAAGUGAAACAUCUAGCAACAGAGACGAUGCAUCAGAUGAUGAAGAAAGCUAGAUUUUAUAGCAGACUGUAGAGGUAAUGGGAGACAGCGGCCAAGCCUGAGGGGAUGCUGUGAGGAAGAAUUCCAAGUGAUGGAGAUUAAAGAAGGAGGCAGGCGAUCACAGCUGAUCAGAAUGGACGACCAAGACAGAGUGAGCCAAGCGUCCAGUGUGGCUACAAUUUCUUACUUUCCUGUCAUGAUGGAAAGUGAUGGAAAGGUGCAGACAUUUGGGAAAAGGUGUCAGGCUGCUAAAAGAGACCCUAACUGCCCAGUGGUCAUCAGGGGAUGGCUCAACAAAAAAGACAGCUCUGGUCUAAAGCUCUGGAAGAGAAGAUGGUUUGUCCUCUCCAACUAUUGUCUGUAUUACUACAAAGACAGUAGAGAAGAAACGGUACUGGGAAGCAUCCCACUCCCCAGUUACAAAAUCCUCUUCUGUACACCAAGAGAAUGCAAAAACAGGAAGUUCACCUUCAAGGUGGUGCAUCAGGGAAUGCGACCAUAUUUCUUCAGCGCUGAUACUCAAGAAGAUAUGCUGGGUUGGGUUCGAGCCCUGAGCCAAUCAGCUACAAUGGAGCCAGAAAAUGGCAUGAACAGGCGCUGUUCCAGUUACCAAGAUUUUACACAGAUUGGUGGCAGUACUGAGUCUGUGGAUUUCUCCAAAUCACCCACGGAGGGGGAGAGUCCAGUUCAAAAACACAAGCAUGUCAGCAGGACCAUGAGUGAACCCAGUCAGCUCCUCAGCGGGAGGGCAGGCAGGUCACAGUCAGAGCCAAGGGGGAGACGGAGUAUGCAUCACAGAAACAGGAGCCCUUCAAACAGAACACCAAGCCCUGCUGAUUCAAGCAGAAGAAGAGUUACUCUAUACAGGGAGGAGGACUCCAAUGAAGAACAUUUUCAGCAGGGAGCAAUUGUGGGGUCAGGCUCUUUGGGUUCAAAGGGACAGCUGGGCUCUAGACCUCAUACGCCGGUGGGAAGGGUCGACAUUCGACCCUAUGAUGACCCUGUCACGGUGUAUUAUACACCUGGCUCCCCUAAACUAGAGUUCAAGUCUGCACCCACCACUCCAGUCACAGAAAGGUGGCAAAGCCUCAGCAAGCCUGCAGCCUUAUAUGGCUCUGUCCAUCACACACCAAGUGGACGAAGACCCUUAGCAAAGAGCCAGUCAACAAGGGCAGAUUUAUUGCCCCCUUUACCCCAUUCAUCAAGAGCAGCGCAUGCCUCCAACCCCUCAAAACAGCAGCGCCAGCUUCACUGCAGCCAUGUGCCUGUUUCUGUGCUUCCGCCAGCUAUGGCUUCUAAAUCUGAUCAGAGGGAUCUGCAGACGAUACGACCUCUUGAAAGUGAUGCAGAUGCUGUGUUAACGCGCCUCUGUGGGUGUGACAAGCUGCUGCAAUCCCUGUCAGUGGAGCUCACUCAGCUCCAGAUGGAUAAGGAUAGCGUCCAGUGUGCACUGGAGGUAUCCAGGCUCCAGGUGGAGGAAUGGAGAAACCAGGGGCCACGGGCCCUUGAAGAAGCACUGACGCAGAAGGCUCUGUUACAAGAUGAGCUGGUCACAAUCCGGGCCAGAGUCUGUGAUGUAUCAUUGGAAAUGGAGCAUGUGUGGAGUCAAUAUGAGAGGAUGGAGAGCGAACUCUCUGUUAUUCGUUCACACCUUCAUCAUAUCUGUAACUUUGGAAUUCCACAGGAGCAGUGUCAGGCUCAGAGAGAGCUGUGGAUGAUGGAGGACAUCCUUGAUGGGCUGAAGGUCAAUAGGGAUUAUUUCUGCUUCCUGCUGGGACUACAGACACAUCACAUGUUCCAGCUUUUGCCAACUGGAUCCUCUGCUUCUCCCACAGAAGGGCUCCACAUUGGACUGCCAAUGGAAUUGGGACAAGAGCCACCAGUCCGCCCACCGUUACCCCUGGAGCUGCAAGAGAGCCACCAAAGUCAGGACAUGAGCUAUGUUUGGUCAGAGUCACCAUAUGAGGGGAUCUAUGAGCAUUCUGCUGAUCCUGUUGACAGAAGAGGGAACUGUCAGCCUGACCUCCUCAAUGUGAAAGGGCAGAGAGAUGCAACUGAAUCACCAUCUGGUUCAAAGUGGAUAUCAUCAGACACGGUCAACCAACCAACAAAGAGGAUGAAAAUGAAGAUGAGCGAGGCAGAGCAGAUUGAAAGGAUGAAGAGAAAUCAAGAGAGACUGCCUAGUAAAAAGAAACCUCAGCUGGCUGCACAAGAACCUCAGAAUCAAAGUUCAGAGAUAAAAGAGGAGGCCCCCUUUCCCUUGAGGGUGACCAGAGUUGUAACAGCUGUGCUGCCCUCCUCGCUUGUGGCCAGAAGAGUUUCUGUUGAGGAUCCUCCUGCUGAGCUCAACACUCCACUGCCUGAACAAAUUCAGCAAGAAACGCAGCAACAACCAGCUGAACCAGGCAAGAAAUUACUCGGCAAACCUGCCAGGCGGCUGCUUAUGGAUAUGACUGAAUCAAACCAAACGAUCACUGAGCAGCAUCAGGGUCAAUCUGGAAAAGGAAUGAGCAGACAACAUCAAGCAGCAUCCAGGGGCCCAAAAAUGGAGACACUUUUAGAAGUGAGCAAUAGUGAAGGAACAGAGGCCUCAAGAGAUGAGGUUCGGGAAUCAACAGAUUCAGGAAGUGGACAUGAAGGCUCAAGUUAUAGGACGUUCCCUCCAGGGAGUGGAUAUAACUACUAUUAUAUAUUUCAAAAACUUUCCAAACAGGCUGUUGAAGAGUCUUCAGCCCCUGAUGUGAAUCCUAGUCAGAGCUCUGAGCAGCGAGAGGCUAAACUACGACGAGUGGAACGAAUAAGAGAAAGAGUGCUGAGAAGCGCAGCCAGAGAAAGUGCUACAAUCAACAACCAGCGUCCAGUCAAGGAAGAGAAGAAGAAAGUUCCCCAGGGUCACUGUGACACAGCUAAAGAACAAAGAUUGAAACUAGGAAAUGAUGGCGGUCUGGAUGACUUAAAUAGAUCAGCAGACCUUCACAAUGCAAUAUCUCAGGGUUGCGAUGAAGCAUAUGUUAACAUAUCAAAAAGUCAGGUCCAGGUGGAGAACAGAUCAUUGCACAGUGGGAGAGCAGGGGUUGCCAACAUUAAAAACAAGAGAUCACUUUCUCCAUAUCAUAUUUCAUCCAUGACAGUCUACCAACAAGAUGGAGGAAAAGCAUCUUUGGAUUGCCACAAUGAAGAGCAGGACAAGCCUGAAGAUUGCACUGCGGAAGAUAAAGAUAAGAAAUAUAAACCCUCCUAUUUGAGGAGUAAGUGGUUCCUGUCCACAAACCAGUGUCAAGGAUUCAUACCUUUACAGAUCCCUGCAUUAGAGCCUUUAUCUAUUGAGGAAAAUGAGGAUACUGCCAACCAGCCAGGUUGCACUGAGGACACUACUGACCUUAAUGGGAUGUCAUCAACAGUGAGUAAAAGCUUGCAGAAAAUGAAAGAGAACCAUUCGCUCUUCUAUAAGAUUGCAUGUGAUAUCAGCAUUUCAGACUCAGACAUAAAGAGUGAUGACCAAACAUUAUCAAGGCAAGAAGAGGAAGAAGCAUUGGUAAUUGAAGAAGCAGUGCAACCUGGUAAUGGUGUGACAUCAUCUAAUCAAGAAAGCAAAGAUCCCUGUAAGCAUUUGAUUUUGGACAAACGUGGUACAGUGGUUGAGAACAAAUCCCUGGAGGUAAUAAAUAAAACGCAAGGCAAGGCAGUGGAUAAAGCAUGUUGUCUAAAAGAACAAGGCCAAUCAGACAAGUCAGGGCAAGAAGGUGAAGUAAAGGCCUUAGAAACUGUGGCUGGAGUUUGUGUUCAGGAGAGGGAUUUUGAUCAGACAGUUCAUGGCCAAAACAAGACAAAAGAGAAACACUGCGAUAUGAAAGCAAAUCCAGAGAGAUCUGAAGAAAUAAAGGAAUGUUUUGGUGGAAGUAAAGAGAACGAGACAGAUGAGGAAGAUCGAGCGAACAGACAUGCCAUCAGUGUUUCAUGCACUAUGUCUGAAGGUGGAAGAGUAACUCGGAGUGCAUCCUUUGGAAAGCCGAGAGUGACAGUAAUAAGGACAAGUUUGUAGAUCAAAGAAAAAAUGCAGUAAACUGGGUUUCAGAGGGACAUGUGCUUGAGCUUUUUCUCAUAUUGCCCUAAUCCAACCACACCCUUUGUUGUGUUUAAGUCAGAUUUCAUGUAAAUGACCAAUAUAAAAGAGACCAUAAAUACAAUUUUAUUUAAACUCUGUAAGAUAUUACACCAAUUUGUAUUCAAUCCCUUCCCUCUAAUACCCCUGUUGAACCAACAACCUUGGCAGCUUGCUCCACAUGUAUGGGUCAGCCUUAGUGUAGAGAGAACGAACAAACAGCUUCAUAAAUACCAAGAAACAGUGCAGAUAGGUCAGAGAUGUAGUGUAAAACAAUUGUAAAACAACAUUGGAUUUCUUUUGUUGGGGUUGAUGUAUGGAAUAAAUUAGAUCAGGAGCUAAAAGAUUGUACAACAUUAACAUUAAGGUCGAAAAACAUAUUUAAGAAUAAUGCAAUAAAAAUAUGAAACAUGUGAAUGCAAUUAAGAGCAGUAAUAUAUUGGGUUUGUUAGGGAAAAAAAGUUAUUAUUGUAGAAUAAUAAUAAUCGAAUAAUAAUUUUUCCCAAAAUCAUACAUUGGUAUGUAUUAUAAACGGUAGCCUUCUAUUUCUAUUUCUUUUUUUCUUUGCUUUCAAGUCCAAUGUAAAUUGGCUUUGGAGGGUGGGCAUUUUAAGCUUCUUGCUUCUGCCAAUACACCCUUUUUCAGACUGUUUUAAUUUAUGUUAUAUGGACAUAUACUGUCUUUAUUAUAUACUUUUAUGUCUGAAAUAAACAAGCUUGAACCUGAGAUAAGGUUCUGGGGGUUUUGAAGUAAAAUAUCAAUGGUUUGAAUUUUAAGUGUAAGAAAUAUCUUACCUCUAGGACACCUGAAGAGAUCCACAGCUAAGACAUAAAAAUCUGUUUUGGUGGACAACUUCACAAACAUCCAAUCUAUUUAUUUAUUUAUUUUUUUAGUUUUAUAUGAUAGGGUGUUGAAAAUCGAGGCAUUAUUAAAAGAUGCACAUACAGUAAACAGUUUUACUUCCUCUUCAUCACAAGCAUUGAAGGCAGCAAAUAUGACAAGAAUACGUUAUGAUCAAACUAAAAACUUCUUUGCCACUGCAAAACACUACGUGGCAGAACACCAACAAUGUGCAAAACCCUGAACAGACCAUCUACAUGGAAAAAUGUUGGUGGCAAUAUCAUGCUGUGGGAAUGCUUUAGUGGGGAUGUAGAAAUCCAUUACAGGAUUUGAAAGACUGGGAUGGAGGCAAAGGAAAACUAUGCUAAGUAUGAUGUCUUAGAAUAUUACAGUCAAUUCCCCAAAGAUAUUUGGUAAAACAUAAGAAUUGUUCUUAGCUGAUGCUUCUUAUCCAGUCUGACAGGGUUUAAGCUAUUUUGCUAAACUGGAAAAGGACACAAAUUUCUCUGAUAAUCUGAAAACCAUGCAUCCCUUUCCUCUUUCACAGUGGUGGAUCACUUUGUUUUGGUUUCCAUCUAAAAUAAGAAUAAAACACUGUAGCUUGAAGUUGAGGGGCAAAUAACAAGGAAAAGUUCAAGAGAUGUGAGAAUGUUUGCAAGGCACUGCAAAUGUGCAUUGGGCAAUACCAGAGGAGUGUUUUUUUGACUGCAGCAGUUGGGCCUAACUGGUCAAGUGGGAACACAUUGUAUAACAGCAGAAGAAUUUUAAGAAAUAAAGUUGAAUCUUUUCAAUAUAAAGAAUAUAUAGCAGGACAUUUGGUUUAAAUCAUUAUUUAUUCAAAUGAAAUUUUGUUCGUGCAACUAUACAGAUGCUGUCAAGUAUUUAAGUGCUAACGCUUCCAUUCCUAGUAUCCCUCUAAUAUACAUAUAUAAAUAUACAUACAGUAUGAUAUAUAUAAUGUCUGCUUUUGUUGGCAACAUAAUCCUGUUUUUAUCACUGUGAAAUCAUGUUCUGUUUUUGUAUCUCAGAUUUCCUGAUCUAAUAAUAAAGAAGCUGUGUGUAAAA